AUGAGUGAAGAUAAGGAACUGAGGAACAUUCUCAUGGCGACGCUAGCCCGAGCCGUGGCACGGAAAGCGAGACGAGAGGUUUCGAUCCAAUUAUUUGCCCAUGGUAUGUCACUAUUCGAUGGUUUCAAUUCGGGGCAUGGAAUGGCCACAGCCAUCGCAUUCACACUCACAUUCGGCUACGCAGUAGAAUCGGUCGCUGUCGAUCAGGGUGUGAAACAGUUGGAGAAGUACGCCUCUCUACUACAGACAUUCACUCAGGAUGGUGUGCUAGGCCCUCUAGAGAAACACACACUACGCACGUACCGCAAGCGUCAUGGGAUCACACACGACAACCACGUAACCAGCCUUCAGCAGAUAUGA